AUGGCCAGGCUAGGCGCUGAGAUUCAGACCUGGCGAGACCAGCUCCCGGCUUUCCUUAAUCCGGACAAAGUCGAUUCCCGCAUCUUGCAACCAAUCUACCAACGCCAGAGCAAUACUCUGAGCCUCGCGGCUGGACACUGCCUGAUGCUCAUUUAUCGCCCAUGUCUCUUCAACGACUACACAAAGUCCAGUCAUGAUAAAGAAACGAAAGAAAAUGUCAAGAGAUGCGUUGAUGCAGCCUUAAGUGUCGUGACCAUCAUUGACUACAUGGUCGAGUCGAAGCAGCUGUAUCCCUCGCUCUGGUUUGCACCGUAUCAGGCGUUCUGCGCAGUGGUUGUGCUGUACACAUAUACCAUCCGGAAUCACAAAGACAACCAGGCUCCUUGGAAAGAGCACUUUGAAGCAGCAGAGCGCUGUCAAAGGCUAUUGUUCAGCAUCACUAGCCCUAGCUCCCUUGGUCGGCGACUGUCCGUCAUCAUGGAGGAAUACCGUCUUGAGGUCAUAAACCAGGUUCAGCAAAGCUCUCAAUCGCAUACCAGCAAGUCUAUGUCGCUGUCGGAAACUGCGCUUGAGCCGGGUGCAACAUCGUGGCUCGAAAGUAUUGGGACUGAGGACAAUCUCUUUGAGUUGAUGGAUUUGCCUAACUGGGAACAAUUGGAUUCGCUGGUUCUUGAUUUGGGUAGAAUCAUCCCCGAGCUGGACUUCAUGGGCGCCAAUGCUGGGUUCUGA